GCUACAGGGACACCAAGAUGGAAAUACAGGGGCUGCGAGAUGCCCAAAACACCAACUAUCAACAUGGUGCCCUGCACGGCAACUCUCCGUCCUCUGUUGAGCAGGCACCACAGUUAUUGCCUCAUUUUGUUUCCACCAGGGCCGAAGCAAACAGCCAUCAGAGUGAGAACAGCAGGACGGAAACGUGGCCCCUGCUGGUGGAGGAAAACGGCAGCAAUGUUACUUGUCGUUCGCCCGUUGGCGAAACUCAGUCAGCUACUAACGACAGCACGUUCGUGGGGCUUCAUAACCUAAAUUCAGACAGAGAGAGCGAGCUAAAUUCUCUGGUUAUUUCCAACGAGUUCAGAAAUACGAGCUGGAAAUACGUGGAGAGCGGCUCCGUCAUGGCGCUGCCGCUUUUCGAUGGGGAAGAGGAACUGCAGCGGCAGCUAGCGUUAGCUUCUCCGGGUGUACGGCAGCAGGGGUCUGUUGACAGCGGCGCCGCUACGAAGAUCUGCACGAACAGGCCCGAGAGACAGAAACGGGAUUUGUAUGUCAUUUUUAACACGCUCCAAGAGGAUGGAGCCGCCGAAGCGAGGAAAAAUCAACGCAACGACUCGUGCCACGAGAAGAGACGUCAGGUGAAAGAAGUUGAAGAAGGAGCUAGUCUGUGCGACCCCAUGGAGGCUGGCAGCUGCAGCAGCUCGGCUCUCGGUGAGUCUACAGACACUCCGAGCUGUCUGCACACUCUAAAGAGCGUAGACCCUUUCUUAAGUUUGUUAACCCACAGUUCUACCAUAGUUCACGCCAAACAGCCUGUCGGUCACCACACGGUGGAAGACGUCGUUUUAACAAACAAAUAUGGCGACCGGAUUUGCGGCCAGAUCUGCACCGAACACAGCGAAGCAAAACACCUCCGAGAGAGCCGGACUGACGGCGGCACUGCGCUGCUCUCACACACGGAAGGUGUUGAGAAGUCAGAAAAUACUUCAAGCACAAAGAGAACGAGUCCAGUCACGGCCUCCCCGAACCAGACUGCGAGUGAGACCUUUUCGGGAACCAUCACGAUCAACAACCAAAGCAUCAUAGUCACGAUUGAGAACGGAAUCCUGACUCUGGCUGCCCCACCUGAGGGCCAUGUCCACAAGGAGGACGGCAUGGUCAGCCUAAAGGAACAUCUGGGUAUGAAAGACCAUGAGGACAUUGUUCUUCUUAACUAUGACAGUGGUACCAAGUCCAUUGGGAAGAUCAGCACCCUGGCAGUAGCCAGCCCCAACCACCACAAAGUGCCCAGACCUGGUUUACCUGUUAGUGACUUAGAGCUGGCUCUGGUGGAUGACUGCACAUUGUCAGAAGUGGGCACAUCUCUACAGUCCUGUCCCAUUGUUAAGGAGGAUGGGGAGGCGCUGUGUGCUUUAACAGAACCUGAUCUGGUUUCCCCAUCUCCCCAAACUACUGUAGCAGACUGUGACAAUGGGGACUUGAACUCUCUACGGCUAAUUAGAACAAAGAAAGACACUGUGGCCACAUUUCUCUGUCCAGAACCUGACUGCUCCUGCACGUUUGAGUCCCGCCAGAAACUGAAGGUCCACCUUCUGAACCACAUAGAGGACCCUCGGCCAUAUCCGUGCACGGUGGAGGGCUGCGGCUGGGCUUUUGCCACCUCUUACAAGCUGAAGCGCCACCUCCAGUCCCAUAAUAAACAGCGUCCACACACCUGUCAGUUCCAAGGCUGCGGGCGGCGCUUCACUACAGUCUACAACCUUAAGGCUCAUUUAAAAGUUCAUGAGCAGGAUAAAGCCUUCAUCUGUGAUAUCUGUAACGAGAAGUUCCGCAGCACCACACGUCUCACCAACCAUCAGAGGGUUCACUUUGAGCCACAGAGACCCCACAAAUGUGAAUUCCCAGGCUGUGAGAAAACCUUCAUUACUUUCAGUGCCCUGUUCUCCCACAACCGUACCCACUUCAGAGAAACGGGACACUUUGCAUGCACUUUCCCAGGCUGCCACAAGACCUACGACAAGGCUUGUCGCCUCAAAAUACACAUGAGAAGCCACACUGGUGAACGACCAUUUGUCUGUGACUCUGGAGGCUGUGGCUGGUCUUUUACCAGUAUGUCCAAAUUACUCCGUCAUAAACGGAAACAUGAAGACGACCGUCGCUUUGUCUGCACUGAGGAGGGAUGUGGGAAGUCCUUCACCAGGGCUGAGCAUCUGAAGGGGCACAGUAUCACUCAUCUGGGCACCAAGCCUUUUCAGUGCCAUGCUGAAGGUUGUAAUGCACGGUUUUCAGCACGCAGCAGCUUGUACAUUCAUUCCAAGAAGCAUAAACAAGAUGCCAGCACCCUGAGGACCCGCUGCCCUGUAGCCAGCUGCUCCAAACACUUCUCUUCCCGCAGCAGCCUGAAGAGCCACAUGCUCAAACAGCACCACCUCAGUCCUGAUGUUUUAUACCAAAUGGAAACCACCCCAGCCCUGACUCCCAGCAGUGAGCUUGUCAGCUCUACUCCAGCCUCAGUUGGUGGCACUGGUGUUGCCGUGGGUGACCAGCUGACCAACUUGGACCUCAGCUCUUUAUUGUCUGUUCCUGGAGGAAAACCACACUCUGCUGGCCUUGGAGUGGGAAUCCCAGUGACUGGAAGCAGCUCUAACGGCUUCACAAUGGACUUGUCUCUGGUCAACUCAGGCAUUCUCACCAUUGACCCUUCCUCUGUGGGCACCACACUUGUUACCAGCACCAGCACAACGUUGGCCAAGGCUUUGGAUCCACUUAUGACAGCCAACGCUGACAUCAUCCAUCAACAUGGUCUGGAAAAAACAGUGGGUGAAGUUCUAACCCCACAGGGCUCUUUGAACUUGGAUGAUGUGCAGACAGUUACCCCAGAGACCCUAGGAACUCUCACAGCUCUAACAAUACAGGGUGUGAGUGCCUCUGUGGAUCCUAGUUUGCAGCACUCCCUCAGUUCUUCUAAUUGCCUGAACCUAGAAACCUCAGCCUCCUUAGCUGUGGCCCCGGUCCCUGAGCUGCUGGUCUCACCCUCUAAGGUGAUGGAGGUGGGUGUCCAGGGAGGUGUCGGGCCUCUGCUGGGGUGUGUAGAGGUGCUGGCUCCUCAGGAGGGAGGAAAGGUCCUCACUCAGUUUGUUUUUCCAAGUCACAGCAGUAGUUUCAGACCACAGAAGGACCCAGAACUUCCUGUGUCACCAAGCAGUUUCCUGGGAAGUGGAGGCUCAGCCAGGACUGACUACAGAGCUAUCCAGCUAGUAAAGAAGAAGAAGCAGACGGGUACCUCAGCUACAUCUGUGUGCCAGAGAAAGCCUAAAGGAUCCAAAGUGACUACAGCAGCAGUACCCCUUCCCUGCUCUGGUUCUCAAUACAGUGACGGGGCUGAAGCAGCCGGCGGGGGCUUGGCUUGGCGGGAUCCUGUCACCGGGGCUCAGUAUGUCCAAAUUCAGCUGCUGCAGGAUGAUCCAGCCACUGAUGGUGACCUGGCAUUCCAGCUGAGCUCGCAGCCCUCCAGCUCUCACUCUCAGCUCAUCGUCGAUCUUCCAGUCAACAUUUUACAAGACACGUCGGUGAUGACAGAUGACAACGGUUCUGAUACGUCCCAGUUCACAGGAAGCACGAUAAACCUCCAGGACUUGGAGUAGUCCCUCUCGGUUCUCCAACAAGAUGUUCACUUUAAGAUCUGAUCCAGAGAUGGCUCUCUGGCUCUGUCACUGUAUCCAGUUUGAACUGCAGACAGACCUGGAGAAUUUGACCAAGCCCUGGCUUGCUGAUGAAGGGACAUGGACUUCAUUUGAUUGUUGACUGUGCACGCUGGUGUCCACAUAUGAUGCACCUUCAGAUGUUUGCAAAGUCCAGAUUGUACCAGAGCCAGAGCUGGGUGCGUCGUCAUGGCAGAAGCAUCCUUUGUGUUGUUGAUUGGUGUUCCAUUGUGCCACACUGUGUGCACACCAGUUGCCUUGCACAUGCCUCAUGCUGUGCACACUUUCACUGACACGAGACACCUGACAAGAGCUACUACUUUCUUGGGGUAUUUUAUAAUUUAAUUUUAUUGAUAGUUGUUGGUUUACAAAAUGGACAAAUCAAACUCGAAUUAAAGAAUCAAAGCACAAUCAAAUAGUACUGAGAGAUGUAUUUAUUUCACUUUAAAAUAAAUUAUGAUGUAAUUUCUACUUUAUGUAUUAGGUAAGCACAACAAUGAA